UGUUGCAGAUCUCCUUCCGGGUCAGGAGGUUAAAUAACUGAAAUGUUGUGUUUCAGAAGUUUUCCCGUCCUUAAAAUGUAACUGUGUGUCCUGUUAUAAGGCUGUUCAUGGACGCUUUGGACCGACACCGCUCGCUUUACAAAGGAACCACUCCGCCAUGGAGGGAAACUUACCGGAAGCGGUGUGUGGACCGGCUGAAGGACAGCCGCACCAGGCUGCUGGACAGAUACCGGCAGAUGGGAGACGAGCAGCCGCGGAGCAGCUCCGGCCCGUCCAUCAUCGUCCAGGAGGUGAUGGAGGAGGAAUGGAGCGCCUUGCAGUCUGAUGACCAGAAGCUGCCCUCGCUCUGGGGCCCUCACGGCGUGGCACAGAUGUUCAGUGUUAUGAAGGAGUAUGAUGAACUGGCGGUGCUGGAGGAAAUCCACCAGGAGCUCAUGUCUCAAGAGAUGUCUAUAAUCACCGAGUAUGAGAGAGACCUGCAGUUCGAACWGCAGUACAUCUCCUCUGUGGUGGAGGGAAUGGAUGAGAUGCAUAUCAUUUGCCCAAUAUGUCAGAUGAACAACUUGAGCAUCAACAGCAAUUUCAUCUCCUGUCCUUGUGGACUUUACAUCAACACUAAGAAGAGGAACAUCAGUCCAGAUGUCCUUCAGCGCCUCCUGGAGUCCAGGCUGUCGGAGCACAUGGAGGUCUGUCUGCACAGCCCUGUUUUCUCUGUAACUCCCAACACAGACAGCCACGCCUCCCUGAUGAUCAGCUGCCAGGCUUGUGACUACCUGUCUGUCGUCUUGUAGCGGCACUGCUGUCAGGAAUGCACAUAUAAAAUUUCAUUUUCAGUUCCUUUUACUUGUCUGUAAAUUUUUUGUGAAAUAAAGAAAUUUUAUAUAAAAU